AUGAUCAAUCCGAGAACCACCAAACCUGGCCCUAUUCGCUUCGCAAUUCCCGUCGUCGCUACAGCCGCCAUCGGGACGGCGCUCUACUACCGCACUCGCACAUCCAGCAACAAAACCCCGACAGCCGAGGAGCUUCGCAAGCAGCGCUCCUCCGAAGGCCUCAGCGGCGCUGGUCUUGCGGGCUCCGACUUCCCAUCAGGGGGAGCGCACAAGGAUGUUCCCCAUACCAACGCCUCUCCGCGUGAACUCCCGUCUUCUGGAGCUAUAGGGGCGGGAGAAGGCGGCGGGAACACAAAUGUGAGGGCCGUUGAUAUGUUUCAAGGCCCCCCAUCGAGCGGCACUGCCUACUCCUCUUCACAAACGCAACGGUCUGGUGUCCGGGAUACAGAUAAAGCCUCGAGUUCGGCCACGGAAGGCGCCAAGUAA